CUUGAGUGUAUAAUUAUGUUUAAAAGUUGUUGUGCACGGCCAAAUAAGAGGAAUAAUAAAAACAAAACAAAAUCUGAUAAUAUGGACUCUAUUAACAGCGUAAACCCAGAGGAAUCUAUCGAAAAAUCAGAAAAAGAUCUAUGUGCCCAAGAAAAAUCCGAGAUUAUCCAUGAAAUAAAGACUAUUGAAUGUUCAUCAAAUACACCUAAAGAAUUCGCUGUAGAAAAGCCAAAAAUUGACGAAAUUGAAACAUAUACCGAGAACUUGCCAGAUUCGACUGUGAUGGAGACUGAAAAGGACCCCAGCGGUAGUGACAAAGCUGCUUCUGUAGAAGAGGAUGAAGAUAAUGUCGAUGACGUUUUUUCAAAACCUGACGUUAUUAAAAAACGGUUUUCUGUUGACUAUAAAAAAACCGCUCGUCUUGAUUUCAAAAGGUUUUCUGUCGACUGCAGCCGGAAUGUUACCACUCUUGAAGAACUAACUAAUUUAGAGCGGGAACUAGCCAGAACAAACGUCGAUGUUCGUCCAACAAGGCGCAAAUCGUCAGGCAUUUUAAAAUCUACUACAAGCAGUAGUGAAUUUGUAGAUCAUCGUUAUACACCAAAAGAUGACUCCGAUUGCGAUGACGAUGUAUUUGAAAGGGAUGUAUCCCUCUCCACUGAUAUGGAAGGGCCAAGAGAGCCUCCGGCUACUCCUGUUGGUCGUGAUGAAUUGGCACUACGAAGGCAUCGCUUCUUCUCCGAUUUAGUGUGUGCUGCAAGAGCUGCCGUUGAACACCGAGUAAGAUUCGAUCCUUUAGGUCCAGUUGUUGCGGAUUCAGGCACCGAGGCAUCAGAGACUCAAAACCCAGCGGCGGAUCUUGAAGCUCUUAUUGACCGGUUGGAGCGUGUAACGUUACGUCUGGAACGCCUGCCCUGCUUCAGGGAUCCAAUACCAAGUCCCAAGUCUCAAGUCUCGCCCGUGUGCUUAGUCACACCACCGCAAGUCCUGAUCCCAACGGACAAUAUGAGUAUCAACGGUUAUCAAGACAUACUGCAGGGACCCCUGCGAACAUACCUCGAGCUGUCCAAACAAAUCGGCGGCGAUGUGGCCACUCAUGCAAAACUCGUCAACGAGGCAUUCCAGGCCCAAUAUGGCUACAUUCAACUCGCCGCCUCUCGGAGCAAACCUUCCCAGGGAGAAGAGAUGCAACUAUUAGCGCCAACCAGUGAGAAGAUCUCCGCUAUCCAACAGUUCCGCGAGAAGAACAGGGUGUCUCCCUACUUCAACCAUUUGUCUGCAAUUUCUGAAAGUAUACCAGCACUGGGAUGGGUCGCCAUAUCUCCCACUCCGGCGCCAUACGUCAAGGAGAUGAAUGACGCUGGCCAGUUUUACACGAACCGCGUUCUCAAGGACUGGAAGGAGAAGGAUAAGACCCACGUAGAGUGGUGUCGUACAUGGGUGCAGCUUUUAUCGGAUUUGCAGGCCUAUGUCAAACAGUACCAUACCACAGGUCUUGUUUGGUCUGGAAAGGGUGGAGCCCCACCACCACCUCCACCUGGUGGCCUGCCACCACCCCCGAUGCCCGAGGUUGACUUCUCGAACCUCGCUAUUGACGAUCGCAGCGCACUUUUCGCCGAGAUAAACCGUGGAGAGGGCAUCACUAGCAACCUCCGUAAAGUGACGUCAGAGAUGCAGACCCACAAGAAUCCCCAGCUGAGAGAGGGUCCUGCGCCUUUUAAAGCAGCACCCAGAGGCGUACCAGCUAAGCCGCUGCCUACUCCCGGUGCCGGAGCCCUACCUGACAAACCACCCGUCUUCGCUCGGGACGGCAAGAAAUGGCUCAUUGAAUACCAAAAGGGUAACUCCAACUUGGUUGUGGAGAACGCAGACAUGAACAACAUGGUGUACAUGUUUAGAUGUCGUGAUUCGGCGCUAACUGUACGCGGCAAGGUGAAUGGUGUGAUCCUAGACUCUUGCACCAAGUGUGCGGUGGUCUUUGACAACCUCGUCUCAAGUAUCGAGUUUGUCAACUGUCAAUCCGUUCAGAUGCAGGUACUAGGAAAGGUGCCGACCAUAUCGAUUGAUAAGACGGACGGUUGCCAGAUUUACCUCUCGAAGGACUCCCUCGAUGUGGAAAUUGUCAGCUCCAAGUCUUCGGAGAUGAAUGUGCUCGUGCCACAGGCGAAUGGUGACUACACGGAGCACCCCAUUCCAGAACAGUAUAAGACCGUGCUGAAUAAGCCCUCUGGCCUGACCACGACGCCCGUCGAAAACAAGGGCUAAGUACAUCGACGUUUGGGGUAUUUUUGAACUUGGAACACUGACAUUACUUUGUAGUAAGACUGGCUUUUGCCUUUAAGAUUCUAAUACACAAAUUGUCUCCUGAAUCCAUGAAACAUAAGAGUUCCAAGUUUGAAAAUAUUUUUCUUAUAGCGGUCUCGGCUUCCCGGGACAGUUCUUAUAUACUAACAAGGUUGGGACGAGGUUAAUUUAGUCAUUUUAUGCAUAUUUUGCACUAUAGUUGCUAGUUCACUCGACGUCCCGAACUCAAUGCACAAACAUUACUUUAAGUAUGACAUAUAUUCUCGGGAACUGAACUGUCUCUUGCUCAUUUCGACUCGUAAGAUAAAUGAAUACGUAGAUAACUUCAAUAUUUACUGGCCUUUGUGUAAUGUUCCUUAUAUUGGUGUUUUACUUUGACAUUGGAAAGCCCAUGCGUUGAUUACAGCGUUGUACGGCAUAGAUUUAGAUACGCAGGUGAUAUACCAAUAGAGAUACAAAUUUAUUUGUUUA